CCUCUCUUCUCUCUCUCUUCCUCUGUUUGUCCUGGUCUCUUCAUCCCUCUCUUCAUCUCAACAAGUGUUAACAGAGGACUUCUGCUGUGCUAAGAAGCUGGAAAUCUGCAGGAAAUCUGUGUGUGUGUGUGUGUGUGUGUGUGUGUGUGUGUGUGUGUGUGUGUGUGUGUGAUGCUCUGCACGUGGGGCCUGGAUGUUCUCGUCAUGUCCACUCCCCUGUGUGUGUGACAGGAUACACUCUCUUUAAACGGAGGGGUGUGUGCUGAGGUUCAUUUCAUCUGUGAUCAGCAUCAGCACACACAUUCACACACACACACACACGCUCGUACACGCACACUCACACACUCUCUGCAGCUCUCAAUCACGAUGAGGACCUCCACUGCCCUGUGUGUGGGCCUCUGUGUUCUGCUUCAAAUCAAGACCACUUGGCAAAUAGUGGACAGCAGUUCUUUCCUCAUCUAUAACGAUGACCACUCCAAGUGUCUGAAGGUGGUCGACACGUCCUCAUUCGUGGCGGCCGCGUGUGACCCUGCCGCGACGUCACAGCGAUUCCGCUGGGUGUCCAAUAACCGUCUGCUGAGCCUGUCGCUGAAGCUGUGUCUGGGCGCGCAGGACCUGCGCGACUGGGUCAAGGUGCUGCCCUUCCCCUGCAACGAGCAGAGUCCACUACAACAGUGGGAAUGCAAGAACGACACGCUGGUCGGCCUCAAGGGGCAGCCCCUGAACCUCAACUACGGCAACCGUAACGAGAAGAACGUGAUGCUGUACAAGGGCUCAGGCAGCUGGAGCCGCUGGAAGAUGUACGCAACCAACAGUGACCUCUGCUCCCAUGGCUACCGCGAGACCUUCACACUGGGGGGAAAUGCAUACGGGAGUCCCUGUCAGUUCCCCUUUAAGUUUCAGGAGAGCUGGUACGCCGAGUGCACAGUGGACGGUCGAUCUGACGGACAGCUGUGGUGCGCCACCGAGACCGACUACCAGAAGGACAAGAAAUGGGGCUUCUGUCCCACCAAGAGUUCCUCUGGCUGGGAUGCGGAUCCAGUGACUGGCGUUUUGUACCAGAGGAACACGCAGGCAGUUCUGACAUGGCACCAGGCACGUGUCAGCUGCCAACAGCAGGGGGCAGACUUGCUCAGCAUUGUGGAACUGCAUGAGCAGACAUACAUUUCAGGUCUGACUAACAUCCUAGGCACCUCUCUGUGGAUUGGCCUCAACAGUUUGGACUUUCAGAGCGGCUGGCAGUGGAGCAAUAGCAACCCCUUCAGAUACUUAAACUGGGCUCCAGGUCACCCAUCGUCGGAGCCAGGUCUGAAUUGUGGAGUGUUGAAUCCUGGGAAAGCAUCCAAGUGGGAAAGUUUGAACUGCAACAAAAAGAUGGGCUACAUCUGCCGCAAGGGCAACAGCACUGACGUUACACCAGUAGUCCUGUCGAGCCAGCAGCCGUUCUACUGUGGGGCAGGCUGGGUUCCGUACUACGGUCACUGCUACUCGCUGCGUCGGGAGAAGAGGAGCUGGAGCCAGGCGCUGGUGGCCUGCCACAAGGACGAGGCUGACCUCACCAGCGUCCUCAGCGUGGAGGAGCACAGCUUCCUCAUCUCACAGAGCGGCUACAUGGAAUCUGAUGAGCUGUGGAUCGGGCUGACUGACCGCUCCACUCAGAACUUGUUUGAGUGGUCAGAUCGCUCCAGUGUGACCUUCACCAAGUGGACAGCAGGAGAACCGUCCCACUCCACCAACCUGCUGGAGGACUGCGUGCUGAUGGGGGGAAAGGAAGGUCGCUGGUCUGACUAUAUGUGUGAGAAGGAGUUUGGCUUCAUCUGUAAGAAGAAAGCUUCCACUCAGUUACCAGAGGGGGGCACUAUUCCCAACACAGGAUGCAAAACGGGUUGGGUGAGGUACUCUUCCUAUUGCUACCUCAUUGGAUCUGAGACAAAAAGCUUUGAGGAUGCCAAACAGACAUGCACCAGCAGUUCAGCUAGACUGGUGGAUGUUGCUGACAGGUAUGAAAAUGCCUUCGUCAUCAGCCUGGUGGGUCUCAGACCGGAGAAGUACUUCUGGCUUGGAAUGUCCAAUAUGCAGAACCCAGACCACUUCAAAACCAGCACCGGUAGCCCAGUCAAAUUCACCCACUUCAACGUUGGCAUGCCAGAUCGUCAUCAGGGUUGUGUGGCUAUGCUGACGGGCAUGUCGGCGGGCUUGUGGGAUGUGGUCAGUUGUGACUCCAAACAGAAGUUCCUCUGCAAGGCGCUGGCAGAGGGAGUGACCAGCACUGUCCCGCCCCCAACCACACGGCCUCUCGCAUGCCACGACGGGUGGACCCCAAAACCCAGCUCACACUUCUGUUAUAAGGUAUUUAAGAAGAGUAGUGAGGAGAAAAAGACAUGGAUCCAGGCUCAAAAGUUCUGCAAGGCCAUUGGAGGAGACCUCAUCAGCCUGCAUUCUCAGGAUCAAGUCGACGCUUUACCGUAUUACCAUGACUCUCCAGCCUGGAUCGGAUUCAAAAUGGAUCCCCAAGGUGGAUUUGUGUGGAGUGAUGAGUCCCCGUCUGACUAUGAGAACUGGGGUUAUGGUGAACCCAACAACUACAAUGACAACGAGCACUGUACCGAGACCAGCUUCUAUUACAGUCACUCCUGGAAUGACAGGGACUGUGAGCACUAUGUUGACUGGAUCUGCCAGUUACGCAGAGGACAAGUUCCAAAACCAGCUCCCACUGCAAUGGAACCAGCGGAGUAUAACAUGACCAGUGAUGGCUGGCUGGAUAAGAAUGGGAGUCAGUACUACAUCAACCAGGAGAAGCUCAGCAUGGAGGAGGCCCAGGCCUACUGUAAGAGUAACCAUGGCAACCUGGCCAUCAUCACUGGACACACAGAGAGAAGAUUCCUCAUGAGACAGAUCUCCAGGGGGUCGGAGAACCAGUACUACAUUGGGAUGACGGUCAACCUGGACAAAUCCUUCAGCUGGGUAGACGACUCUCCAGUGGUGUUCACAGCCUGGGACAGGAACGAGCCCAACUUUGCUAACAACGAUGAGCACUGCGUCACAAUAUACAAGAACGGUUUCUGGAAUGACAUUAACUGUGGAUUGCCAUUGCCCUCCAUCUGUAAGCGCAGCAGUGGUUUUGUAAACAGCACUAUGGCUCCCACUACAGUCCCCAGGGGGUACUGCGCCCCAGAGUGGACCGCUUUCCAGGGAAAGUGUUAUAAAUUCGUAGGCCAGGACAAUAAGAAAGCGUGGCAUGCAGCUCGUGACUUCUGCAUCAAACAGGGAGGGAACUUGCUGUCCAUCGUCAACCACCAAGAGCAAGCAUUCCUGACCACGCGCAUGCUGAGCUCAGACGGGGACAUGUGGACUGGCCUGAACGACGUCAACUGGGAGAUGCGCUUCCUGUGGACGGACGGAAAGCCUGUGACCUUCACGAACUGGGCUAAAGGUCACCCAGUGUCCUACCCUGGAAGCAUGAUGGGAGAUGAAGAGUUUGACUGCGUUGUCAUGGUGAGGAGUCCGCCCUCAGUGGUGGGGGUGUGGAAGGUGGAGGACUGCCAUGCUUCACGAGGCUUUAUCUGCAAAAGAAAUCUGGACUCUCAGAUUGCAGCUCCUGUAACCACGGCGACCCCACAUAACUACUUCCGUCUGGGGAACGACUCGUAUAAGGUGCAGACGGAGCGCAUGAGCUGGGACGAGGCGCGGAGGCAAUGCAAGGCAGACGACGCCGAUCUGGCCUCCAUCCUCGACUCCAUCAGCCAGGCCAACACCAUCCUUAGGACACACACACUCAAACAGCCUGUCUGGAUAGGACUGAACAGCAACCUGACGGGUGGACAAUACCGCUGGGUGGAUAAUUGGCUGCUGCGCUACAGUAGGUGGGGUCCAGAGGAACCCAGAGCCAAUCAGGCAUGUGUUUACAUCGACACAGAUGGCAGCUGGAAGACUACCACCUGCAACAACACCUACUACUCCCUCUGCAAGCGCUCCCCAGUUCUGGCCCCUACUGACCCGCCCCAGUUGCCUGGCAACUGCCCUGAGCCUAAGAGGCGACGGACAUGGAUCCCCUUCCGUGGCCAUUGCUACGCGUUCAUCACGGCCUCCCUGGAGAACUGGGCCCACUCCACCGUGGAGUGCAUCCGCAUGGGCGCCUCUCUUCUAAGUAUUGAGGAUCCAACCGAGGCCAACUUCAUCCAGGAGAAGCUGGGAAUGCUGCAAGAUGGUACCAAGUCAUUCUGGAUUGGACUGCAUCGCUCCCAUGAGGGUAAAUGGAUGUGGAUUGAUACAUCACCGGUUGACUACACAAACUGGAAUUCGAGGACCCACAGCUAUGGAGAUUGUGUGUUCAUCAACUCAGACUCAGCUGUCUGGGAAAAAACCAGCUGUAGUCGAUACAGGCCCUACAUCUGCAAAAUGCCCAAAGUUAUACCACCAACAGAGUCCAAACCAUUACCAGUGAAAAUCACACAAGCCCCUCCCCAUAGUUCCGCUGGCAUUGCUGUGGCUAUUGUCAUGGUGAUUGCUGCCGUGGCUGGACUGGCAGUGUUCCUUUUCUAUAAGAGGCCUACUGUCCCUGUGGUGGGGGAGUGCACCUUUGACAACACGCUGUACUUCAACAAUCCUACUCGGACCAACGCCAGCAUCGACACCAAGGGCCUUGUGGCUAACAUCGAGCAGAAUGAACAUGCCUAAGGACAAAUUACCAAACACAUUCCAUACACAAAUCACUACAACACCACACCAUACACAUCACAACACAACAUCACACCAUACACAUCAAUACAACACAGCACCAUACACAUCACA